UGCAGGCAGAUUAUUAGCAGCAGAAAUCAGGAGUAGACGCUGCAAUAGCUGCUUAAGUUAAACAGACCUCAAAGGUCUUUACAUGUUAGAGGGAACAAGAGCAAUAACAAUAAUAACGUUAUGGAUAAAGAAAAGAUGAAGCUGUUUUUGUUGAUUCUCCUCUGCUGUGGCUCAUUCGCAGUGAAACACUUGCUGAAGUAUUUUGUCACUGGAUCCUCUGGAGCUCCGAACAUCCCAGAACUUUUUGGUGUGCUGAUGGUUGAUGGCAUUCAGGUGGGUUACUGUGACGUGAGCAAGAAGAUAUUGGAACCAAGACAGGAGUGGGCGAAGAACAUUUUAGAAAAACACCCUGAGCAACUGGGCUGGUACAAGCACAAGUGUUUUGAGCAUCAGCCAAACUUCUUCAGAGAGCUGAUUUCCAGUUUGAAACAGCAGUUCAAUCAAAGUGAAGGUGUCCACAUUUUACAGAGGAUAGAUGGCUGUGAAUGGGAUGAAACCACUGGGGAGGUUAUUGGUAUAAUACAGUAUCAUUAUAACGGAGAAGACUUCCUUGAAUUUGAUCUGAAGAAACGGACAUGGAUCGCACUGAAACCAGAGGCUGAUGUUACCAAACAGAAAUGGGAUAAGGACCAACCUAGAAUAACACACAAAGAAAAUGAUCUCAAAAACAUUUGUCCAGCGCACCUGAAGAUGUAUGUGAAGCAUGUGAAAAGCUCCCCACAGAAAAAAUCACACGAGCUUAUAAAGUUUAGAGGCUAG